GAAUCGUCAUGAAUGUGAUUGGCCCGGAUGCACUUGGAGUUUUAAGAGGCUCGAACAUCUGAAACGUCACAUGAUCACUCAUACCGGGGAACGAAAGUAUACUUGUAAUUAUCCUGGUUGUGGUAAAAGGUUUGGCCGUUCGGAUAAUUUCGCGGCUCAUUAUCGAACGCACAAUAAGACAACUCCUCGACGAUCUCGUGUUGCGGCAAAGUCGAGUAAUAAAAUUCAAUUCAAUAAUUGUAAUGAUAUAACAAGACAACUUCAAUCCGGUCAUAAUACGAUGUCAAUUAAUUUGGAGCAUAAUAAUCAUGUUGUAAGUGAUGUUUCGAUCUCACAAACUACCGUUACACGAGAACUUGGAUCGGCUUAUUCUUUCCUUUGUGAUGACUCGAAAGAUAAACGGUUUUGUUGA